CCCCCACUAGACACCCGCUGGAUUUUGGAUCUGGUGCCUGCUCAGGCUCUGGAAUCAAAGGACUUUCCCAACAGAGAAGCUGUUCCGAUAUUCGUAAAAUGUCGUUGACUCCGAGUAGAACUCCAGUUCAAAACUGUGAGUCGGAGUACUCAUGGCUUGAGUCGCUUCCACCGGAGUUGCUGGAUGAAAUACUUUGCCACUUGCGUCACAGCCAACUGAGUGAUGUUUCUCAUAUUUCUGAAAGAAUUACAAAUGCCGUUGAGAUUGCAAAGCGUUCCCACUUUAAUUAUACAACUCCCACUCGUUCUCCUGUGGCCACAGCGUCGGCAGAACAUUUAAGCCCAAGUACCCCACCAGCACCAAAUAGGGGUGGUCGUCCUCCAGGUUCUCGUCUUGAUUUGUCUGAGCUGUCCCCAGCCAAACCCUUUGCUCUUUAUCAAACAAUAUCGGAGACACAGUCAGAGGCAUGGCUCGAGUCGCUUCCAAUGGAUUUGCUGGUCGAAAUAUUUUGCCACUUGCACCACGACCAACUGAGUGAUGUUUCUCAUGUUUCUGAAAAAACUAAAAAAGCUGUUGAGAUUGCAAGGGAACACCACUUUAAUUACACAACUCCGCGUCGCUCUGAUCGUGUGAGCACAUGUACACCGCCGGCAGAAGAACACUUGGCUCUUCAAAGGAACCCAAUUACCCCACCAGCACCCAUUAGGCUUCGUCUUCCUCCAGGUUCUCGUCUCGAUUUCUCUGGUAAUCGUGGUGGAGGGCCCAACGGCUAGUCAUCAAAUUCUGCAUUGACCACUUGCGGAUGGCGUGAGUUGGUACAAGGAGCUAGAACAUCAGUACUUGGAUGUGGAUUGUCUUAUCUCGAGAAGCACAUCCAUAGAGCUAAAACUUUAUCACCAAUGCUACUAUAUAUUAUUAUAUGCUGAUCGAGAGUCUAUAAUUAAGAUGUUAAAAAAGAAAAUAUGCAGUAAGAAAUCCCCUCCUUUGAAAGUGUUUCCAUAGA